GUGUGUCGAAUCCGUCCAAAAAGAUGAAAUGGGGUCAAGUCAUCGCGUUGCUCUGACGCCACCGCCCACUUACUAGUAAACAAAAGUGUCCACCAAGACGCACCAAAGCGACGCAUCCGCAUCCGAUUUUCUUUUCGUAUAAAUUAAAUUACCCUUUUUAAUAUACAUUCUUGUCAUACUUCUCUCAAACCCGGUUCUUGUCUGAAGAAAACAGAAUCAAUCCAUGUCUUUCAGAGGACUUCGCAAGCCAAAUGCAACAUCCGGAAUGGGUGUUGCGGAUCAGAGCAAGACCACAUACCACGAGCUCCAGAGGAAGAAGACUCAUCGCUACGUCGUCUUCAAGAUCGACGAACUCAAAAACCAAGUUGUGGUUGAGAAGACAGGAAACCCGGCAGAGAGCUACGACGACUUCUUAGCUUCUCUCCCCGACAAUGAUUGCAGAUACGCUGUUUACGACUUCGAUUUCGUCACCGCUGAGAAUUGCCAGAAGAGCAAAAUCUUCUUCGUCGCUUGGUCUCCGGAGACUUCAAGAAUCAGGGCGAAGAUGCUUUACGCUACAUCGAAGGAGAGGUUUAGGAGGGAGCUUCAAGGGAUUCACUACGAGAUUCAAGCUACUGAUCCUACUGAGGUUGAUCUUGAUGUCCUACGCGAACGAGCAAACUGAGGAUUAUUUGUUCUCUAUUUAAGACAAUUACUUAUGGUAAUGUAAUGAAAAUAAUCAUUCAGGAUAUUCUCGUCUCUUGUGGGUGGAUUUGUGUAAUCACAGUUUCAUGUUCUAUGGACAAAGUGUAUUAAACUCAGUUGAUGUUUCAGAUUGCUCAUCUAUAAAACCUCUUUGUAACUUA